UUAGGCGGGAGGGGACCCGUCCCCGCCAAAAGCAGGAGCCGCCCACCUCGAGCAGCCGGGCUGGCACCCCGGGCUACGCGCUGAGGCAGCGGAAAGGCACUGGUGCAGCUUGGCCACCGGCCGGCACGCUCGGUGAACGGUUCGGCUCCAGAGCGUGACUCCUCCUUAGAGGCAAGAAGCUCCAGCCCUCUGAACGCCGUCGGUACGUGCGGGCACCACGUAACGGCUGGCAGGACGGGUCCGUAGGCCGCAGCGGCAGCCCGGCAGCCAAAGACCCGUCCCGUGGGAAGGACAGACCUGGCCUGAACCCAGCAGCCUGCGUGAAGUGGGAUUGAACCCAGUGGCAUAAGAACCUUGAAAUACGAUUAGAGAUGCAAGGGAGAUUAGCACGGGCAAGAGAGUUGAAGUCUUUCACCAUCUCCAUUGGUGUGUCAGCAUAAAGACAGAACUACACAGACAUCAGGAAAUCAGUACUUUGCCCUUCCUCAGGAUGCCAGAUCCAGAUAUUUUCUCCCAUGAACUCAGCAAGGUGCCAGUUUUGUGACCUCACCCAGUCCUGUGAAGCAGAUUUCUACUGCAUGCCUUGGAUACAUGCUUCUAAGCAGCUUAUGGGCUUUCCGUGACCUACGCUUCUUUUCCUAAUGCUGAUCUGACUGACUAUGGCUGUCCUCAAAGUAAAAUUCACCAAAACUAAGAGGGACAAACUGGCUCAGAUCCUAUGGAUCCUCAACUGGGUUUCUGUAGUGAGUGGGAUCAUUCUCUUCAGUCUUGGCCUCUUUCUGAAAAUAGAGAUCAAGAAGCGCAACGAAGUGAUGGCAAAAGGGGACAUCAACUCUGUUCCCAACAUGCUGAUCUCUGUAGGAGUCAUAGCAUGUGUCAUCAACUUUUUGGGGGGCAAAAUCUGCUACGACUGCUCAGAUGCCAACAAGUUCUCCCGAUGGAAGCUAAUUAUGUUCCCAUACAUCAUAUGUACCUUCUGUUUUACUUUCUGCAUCCUGUUGGGUGCACUCAUGUGCUAUACCAUGAGGAAUGAGCUGGAAGAAUCUCUCUAUCUGGGACUGAGGGAUGCUAUUAAGUUCUAUAAGGACACAGACAUACCUGGAAGAUGUUUCUUAAAAAAAACAGUGGAUAUGUUACAAAUUGGAUUCCAGUGCUGUGGAAACAAUGGCUUUAGAGACUGGUUUGAAGUUCAGUGGGUAUCUGCUCGUUACCUGAACAUGGCUUCUAAGGAAGUUAUGGACCGUUUCAAGAGUAAUGUUGAUGGGAAGUUCUUAGUGGAUGGAGUACCCUUCAGCUGCUGCAAUCCAAGUUCCCCACGGCCCUGCAUCCAGUACCAGCUGACAAACAACAGUGCCCACUACAAUUAUGAUUUCCUGACAGAGGAGCUCAAUAUCUGGAUGAAGGGGUGCAGAGAGGCCUUGCUGGACUACUACACAGCUAUAAUGAGAUCUAUUGGUAUUGCGGCAUUGCUUAUCUGGUUGUUUGAGCUCUCUGUACUUAUUGGUGUUCGGUACCUACAAACAGCAAUGAAGAACACUCUGCUGCGAGGAGAUCUGCAGGGUGAAUCGGAUGGUUGGUUACUAGAAAACAGCUUUAUGGAAACUGCCAAACACAACAUCAAUAUUAUCAAGAACCUUGGCAAAGCCAACCAGAUCUCCACUGUCUCAGGCAUGAAUGACCCCAACAUUAAUGUUCAAAACACAAACUGUGACAAAAGCAAUGUUACAGCAAAAUCUAUCCCUGCAGCCAGCUAGACAAGUCUUCAGCAAAAUGAUGGCUCAAGUGCAGUUUUGACAUACUACAAUCUUAGACACUGGACUUUCACUAAUGGGAAAAAAAGCAGUAUGAUAACUGAACAAAAAAUAGACUGGUUACAGCAACAGGAUGUUGAUGCUUCUUUGGCAGGAUGUAUUUUCUUUACCAAUUCUAAUGAAAUUCUUGGUUUUUGUAUGUGUACAAAACAGUCUUUUGAAUUUUUCCCUCUUUGUCUCCCCUGCUUACACAUUCCUGUCCUGGUCUGAAUAGAUCAGAAUAAUGAUUAUACAUAACAGGGCUAACAGCUUGGAUCAGUAUGCUCUAGAGAGGAUUGGUCUAGUUUGUGAUUACUGUCACAUCUUCAGAAAUCCCAGCUGCAGAGAAAUUUCAACAGAAAUAACUUCUCUGGAUAAAAAGGUUAUUAAAAGAAAGAAUGAUCACAAACACAGAAAUGAAGAUUGCACUAAAGUCUAAGUUACAACAGGUAAAUUUUAAGCCAAAUUGAAGUAUAUUAUCACUCCUCCAAAAUAACUUAUUAGCUAAGUAAAAUUGAAAUCAAGUUAAAGGCAACAAAAGUUGGUUUGUCUAGUGUAUGUGACUUGUUUUGUUUUUUAACAAUCUGAAGACAAACUUAGAGAAAGCCAGCUGGCCUGAAAGUUAGAGCACUAUUAAAAGGAGUUCUCUGCUCAAAACCACUAAUUGAUAGCUCAUACAGGAUAUUAAAACUCCAAGUAGCACGUGCUAGCACAAGAGUAAAAAUAAGCAAAUACUUCCCAUAAAACAAAUAUUGAUGGCCCCAGAUGUUAAAAAUGCUCAUAAUUUCAGGAGUAGCUAUACAGAUCCACAGGCUGGAAAACAAGAGAUCAUUUGCAACCAACAAAGACCAAGAUAGAUUGUCAUCUCUCCCAUCACAUUCCUAGUACAGUGCUUAUGAAGUUUGUAUGUCAACGUACAGCACAAAAGCCUUUCUGUACUUGCAGUAACAGGAUGCCUAUGCUUAAUUCAUCAGUAAUAAUACGGAUUUAAGUAGUAAAACAUAUAGAUACAGAACAGAGGAUAAAAAAAACAAAAUAUAUUACUUGAUAUCUUGUGAAUAACACACUAUUUGAAUAUAACUUUGGUCAGUUUGUGCACUCUUUGUAUAUAAUCAACAAAAAGGAAUAAUCCCAUUGGUAUGAUAUUCAAAGCAGAACUAUUCUGCUCUUCAAAUUGUACAAAAUUAAGAGUAAAAACUACUUUACCUGUCCAACGUUGUUUUCUAUGACACUACAGUAAGCAAGAAUUAUACUUUGUGUGAUGGAAUAAUCUAUAUUGUAAGUCAAGCAAGCUAUAUGCAUGAUUGUAAUUGCAAAUGCAGUUGCAUCACUUAAGUAUGUUAAAAAUAAAAAUAGAGAGGUCUAUACUACAGGUCUGUCUGUAGCAGUAACCGUAGCUGAGGUUUACAAGAAGCACACAAGAAGCAGGACCACUAGGAAAUACUUUUUUCCUGACAAAGCUUCCUAACUUCCAGGAAACGGCAUAUUGUUAACUUGGUAUGAUUGUAUAUGAAACAAAUGUUUUAAUAACUCUCCAUGGAUUUUUUUUUCUAUGAAUUUGUAUAGUGUUUUUUGUUUUUUUUUUUUAACCCAUUCAUGGUUUUCAUAUCCAAAACACAGAUUUUGAUUUCUCACAACUCAGCUCUGCAUUUCUUGAAAAAGUGCUUUGCUUUUUGACUCCCUAACCUCAAUGCAUAUCCCUUAAUCUUUGCUGUAGGAUGCAGCUGAUAGUCAUCCCUUAUUUAUUCUCUUCAUGCUGUCCCUGAUUUUACUGUCCUCUGUUAAAAAAUCUCUGUCCAACCUUCCCAAGUUGAAGAAGCUGCUAUUUAAUCUUUCUGCCUAUGGAAAUUAUUGCUCUUCUUUGGCAGUUUUUGUAACUCCUCACUAUUCAUGAUUUUCAAAUGAAAAACAAGGUAACACCGAGGAUGUUAUGAAUUAAACUGGCUUUCUGUCUUUUUCCUAAGACUUCCUGUCAUUGCUUGCUUUUUUGAAAGUCUGAGCAUUUGGGUAACAUUUUCACAAAGCCAUCCACAAAAAUAUCAAGGCAAAAACCGAUGCGUCAUUCCUUCAAACAUUUCUGAGAGCCAAAAAUAUCAUUUCUGUACUACAGCUGUUAUGCUGUUUCUAAUUCUACCUAAUGCCCUUGGGCACAAUCCCGACUCCCUUUCUUUUCUAUCUUUCCGUGUGGUAAUGACAAAAUUCCAUAGAGCUUUAUUACUGGACUGAAAAACGCCCAGCUUUUAUGUCUCACUGAACUAAGAAAAGUACACCCACCUUUUAGACUAUGAGACAAAACAAACUUCAGUGAACCUGGGAAAAACAAUCCCAAAGGAAGCAGCUCGUUUGCAGAACACUCAGCACAACAGUUUCCUGAGCCUACCAGAAGCAUUAAGAUUAGAUGAUAUAAUACUGAAAAAGAAUGAACAUUGAAAAUUGACAUUUUAACAUAUUAAGGAGAAAGGCAGUCAUAUGCUGCAAAUUAAACACUUUUCAACAUAAUAUGAUAAAAAUGCAAUUUUUACCUGUAUUUUUUUUUCAGACCAGCAUGCAGAGCAUCACAUGCUUCAGUAAAUAAACAGUCAUUUUUCCAGUAAAAUUGUAAUCCAUCUAUAUUUGGAAAAAACAGUUCUAGGUUGCUUAAUUAAAUGAUCACAAUUAGGGAAGAAAAACAGAGUGACAAACAGAACUUUGGCUUCGUUAGGAAAAAUGAAUCAAGAGAACUUGAUAGAAAUAAUUUAAAAAAUAAAAUACUUUAAAAACAAAAGCAAGGAAUGGUUCAGCUUGAUGAAAAUGGUUGUAAGACAUGGAAUAAGAGCACAAACUCCUAUUUUUAAAGGGGAUUUUUGCUCAGUAUUAUACAAAAAAUUUCCUGAUGGCAAAACACAUUUAACUUCAGAAGCAGAUGAAACCUGGCAUCACGUGCCACAUACAAUCUCUCCUGACCAUUUAUUUAGCUUACUGAAUUACAACAGCUUUGUCCAGUUCUCUAGCAGAGGUCCCUGUUGGUCCUGAACUUGCUCUAAAAAAAAUAGGUUCAGCAGAAGAGCGAGCUGAAACGACCACCCAGACCGAGUGCCUCUGUAAAAUGACACAAAGCUAAAGCAGUACGUAGUGCUGUGCCACAUCAGCACGAAGAGCAGUGGUAUCAAUAGCCGGCUACACUUUUCCUAUAGUUCACACAGAUUAUUUUCACGUGAAGAGGACACAUUUUUACCAUAAGAAAGUAAUAUUUGGUUUGUCAAUCUUUCUUUCAGUCAACUGCUGAAAAGUUGCAGAAACAGCUGUGUGAAAACUUGUGAAAUUAACUUGUGUAAUUAACUAAAUUAAUUACUGCCACUGUAUAAAAAAAAAAAACCCUCAGGUAACAGUGCAGACUUUCUUUAAUUCUCUGUAACAUAUAAAGACAAAGAUGGCAUUAGCAAGCCAAGCCUAUAAUCCGUAGCAUCUGCUCAGAUACAGAAAUAAAUACGAUUUGUGGGACACUUCUUAUCCUAUUUGUUAUUAAUGCCUAAUCCUGUCAGAAUUAAUAACAAUACAUUUGUGUAAGAAACUCCAGCAACUUCCAGAGCAAGGAAUUUAUCUCU